UCAGUCGAUCGCGCUGCCAUACGAUUCAGUUAGUCAUUUGAUCUCGAGUCGGACGGUUCGCGCGCGGAAGAUUUUUUGGGAAAAUGUCGCGAAGUUCGGAAAAUCGAUGUAUAUGAUCGGGAGUAUACCGAAAAGUGAUUAAAACACCAAGCAACCACUGAAGAAUGGAAAAGUAAGCUGCUAUUAAAGAUUAACUGCAAACCACAUCGUGAAUUACGCCUGAUGUCCGCAAGUGUGCGUGUGUGUGUAACAAUGUUGAACAAGGUGGAAGGCCAACUUUUUAAAUCCCAAAUAAUCUGAAGGAAGUACGCCGCUUGGAUUACAGGGUAAAUAGAGGAAAUUAUGUCCAGGAUAUGCGGGGUGGAGUGCUACCUUACAACUCUAUCUUCACAGCUGAAGCCUUCGCCAUAUUACAAGCCUGCCUCUUCUCCACGAAACAAUUUGAAUACUUUGUUAUCUGUACUGAUAGCCUUUUCACCUUAUGCAGAUGCUUUAAGGAACUGGGGGCACACCGAUCCCACAAUCGUGGAGAUUAGAAAACUUUCCACCACCAACAAGAUAACUCUUUUAUGGACCCCCAGCCACCAAGGAAUCGUUGGCAACGAACUGCCAGAUCAGGCCACCCAGGACAUGAGACUAAAACCGUCUUUUCUUUUUACACCUUUCAACAGCAAGGGCAUAAGAAAUCGAAUCCAACUUCACCUUAAGGAUAAACAAAUUGGUGAAUGGCAAUUACUUGACCACCGAUAUUUUUCCAUUAAUAAUACCUUCACAAGAAUUUCCCAGCCUGCCUACAUCUCCUCACAGGAACACAACGUCCCGUCUGCCACCUGCUUAACUCAUGCCGUCUUCUGGAGAGCGUCAGGGCUCUUAUUUUCAAAGAACAAAAACCUUCAGGCACUUUAAAUAUAGUUUCACAAGUACCUUCACAAAUCCGUUGUUAAAACCAACCUAAAUAUUUAAGUUUUUUGUAUUGGGAAAUAAUGUUAAGAAACUAUUUACGAAUUACCAAAAUAAACUGAACAUUUUAGCAUAUGGUUUUUAAGUAAAUUUAUAGAUUA